GCGAGUAACUGAACUUUCAUGAUGGGGAAGUACAACUGUCAAAGUCGUUGAGGAGCCUGAGGAGAGUUUUAACCAGUGACUGGCUCGUUAUUAAAACAUCUCAGCGCGAUUUAUUUGACCUGGAGUAAACAGCGGGAAAAUGUUUUCUCGAAAGAAAAAGGAGUCGACGAAUAAAACACAUUCACCCUCCAAGAAGAGCAGCGCAGGAAACUCAGGAGCACAAAACCCGUCGCUGUCCAUUCUUCACUAUGACACUAUCGACGGCCCGUGCAUGUUGGGCCUUCCAGACUCUGUCCCCUCGUCCUGCCCUGGAACACCAGCGUCCCACUCCAAGCUGGCUGGGUGCAAUUCACAUGCCGCUUCAAUCAAACGGCCGACGACUCUCAGCCGUCACGCCAGCGCCGCCGGGCUCCCCUUCCAGACUGCUGGGACAUGGGGCUUCCACAAGGGCUACGUACGGGCCGCUCUCACAUACGGACAUGUGGCGGAUGGUGUGGAGACGUCGGCCAUCGAGGUGGAGGAUAUUCCCUUGCUGCUUAGAGACGUCGCACGAUUCGCCGAGGCCGUGGAGAAACUCAAGGACAUGGUGUUGGGUGAAGUGAAAGAGGAGCCGCACAACAGAUCGGCCGUUCACGAAUGUUUAGGAGAAGUUCUGCGUGUUUUGCGGCAGGUAAUCAGCACGUAUCCUCUGCUCAACACUGUGGAAACUCUUACCGCAGCAGGCACUCUUAUCUCAAAGGUCAAAGGGUUCAGUUAUGAAGGCACCAAUGAUGCUCAAAAGAAAGAUUUUGAGAAGGCCAUUGAGACCAUCGCCGUGGCCUUCAGCAGCAAUGUUUCAGAGCUGUUGAUGGGGGAAAUCGACAGCACAACUCUCUUGUCUUUACCACCGACAGAAAAGAGCCGGUCUAUGGAGGAUCUGUACAGAGUUUCUUCAGCUCAGGGUUCUGAUGGAGGAGGCAAAUACGACUACCAGGAUUGCAUGAGUCCACAGGAAGUUGAUAUUCUCCUGCAGCGCAGUGAAGGCGGAGUGGACUCGGCUCUGAAAUACGCCAAAUCGAUCGCUAAAUACAUGAAGGACACCAUCAACUACAUAGACAAGAGAAUCGCUCUUGAGAACGAGUUUUCCAAAGGUCUUCAGCGACUCUAUCAGUCCAGCAAACAGAGCAUCGCACAGGAACACAUGCCGUUAGUGUCGAUCUUCUCUCUGGCUCUUGAGCAGGACUCAGAACAGAGCUCUGGUCUACAACAGGCCACAAACAACAUCUACACACACACUUUUCUACAGCCGAUGACACAGCGCAGACUGGAACAUGAGAAGAAGCGCAGAGAAAUUAAGGAGCAGUGGCAAAGAGCCAAGAGAAAACUGGCCGAUGCGGAGAGUAACCUGCGUAAAUCGCGUCACCUGUACAUGAGCCGCUGUGAGGAGUACGAGAGAGCUCGGACGGUCGCCAAUAGGGUUGAAGAGGAACACAGUGGAACAGGAAGUGGCUUGACUACUAAAGCUCUGGACAAGAAGAGACGACUGGAGGAGGAAGCACGCAACAAGGCAGAGGAGGCGGAGGCAACGAAUCGCACCUGCAUCGCAGACGCCACGACUCAGCAACAGGAGUUGGAGGACAUGAAGGUGAACGUGCUGAAACAGAUUCAGGAACUCAUCAGAAAUACUGACCAGAUACUGAGAGCGUGCACGAUCUCGUACUAUCAGACGAUGCAUGUGCAGACCGCAGCUCUGCCGGUUCAUUUCCAAACACUGUGUGAGAGCUGUAAACUGUACGAACCCGGUCAGCAGUACGCCGCCUACGUCAAAAACCUGCAGCUCACCACUGAAAUGCCCAUAGAGUACCAGUUUGAGACAUACUCGGCCUCCAGCCACCAUCUUGUUCGGACCCGGAACAACAGCCUCUGUAGGCAGAGCAGCUCUGAAACCCUGCCCGCCACAGAGGAGGCGGGAUUUGGAGAAGGGGGUGUGGUUAAACCAAGACGAGGUCAAGGUAGAGAUCAUCAUCAGGCUCAUAAGUCGUGGCCGUCCACACUGAGUGACACUGACAGUGUUGGUGUAGCGAGUGGAUUGGGCUCCCCGACAUCCAGUACAGGAGACAUCUCUAAACCAUCAAGGCCAGUGUCUGCUGCUACAUUAUCAUCCAAUGAGGAUUUAGAUGACAGAGAUGGUGCCAUGACCCCGUUUGAACAAAGUAUAAAUGGCAUCGAGCAGGAGAGCUCGGCUCCGACUGGACCGUUCAGAAACGUGGGAUUAUCUAAAGCAGCAAAAACCCAUCGUCUGCGCAAACUCCGUACGCCAUCGAAGUGCAGAGAGUGCGACAGCUACGUUUACUUCCAGGGUGCAGAAUGUGAGGAGUGUUUUCUGGCGUGUCAUAAGAAGUGUCUGGAGUCGCUGGCGAUUCAGUGCGGUCAUAAGAAACUUCAGGGUCGCUUGCAGCUGUUCGGGCGUGAUUUCUCUCAGGUCCUGCAGGGCGAGAAGGGGGGCGUUCCCUUCAUCAUCAAGAAAUGCAUCACUGAGAUCGAGAGGAGGGCGCUCAGAAUGAAGGGAAUCUAUCGUGUGAAUGGCGUGAAGACCCGCGUGGAGAAGUUGUGCCAGGCGUUUGAAAAUGGUAAAGAGCUGGUGGAGCUUUCUCAAGCGUCUCCGCACGACAUCAGCAACGUGCUCAAACUCUACCUGAGACAGCUCCCAGAACCCAUCAUGCCGUUCCGUAUGUAUAAUGAUCUGAUGGGACUGGCGAAGGAAAGCCUGCAGUCAGAUUCAGAGGUGGGUGAGGGGGCGAAGGGGCCGGAGCUGAUGCAUCGAGGGUCAGAAACCGAACCGGAGGUGUUGACGCUGGUAGAGAAACUCCGAGAGCUGCUCAAGAGGCUUCCUCAAGCUAACAUCGCCACACUGAAGUACAUCGUUCAGCACCUGCACAGAGUGUCUGAACUGGAGCAGGAUAAUAAAAUGAGUGCCAGUAAUUUAGGUAUCGUGUUCGGCCCGACGCUGAUGAGACCCAAACCCACCGGAGCGACGGUGUCUCUCUCGUCUCUGGUGGAUUACCCUCAUCAGGCUCGCAUUGUAGAGGCUCUGAUCAUCUUCCAGCACAACAUCUUCAACUCGACUGACACACCAUCAUCCUCGUCCUCGCUCACCUCUCCAACGCAGGGCCAGGAAUGUGAGACUGAAACUCAUGAAGAGAAAAACACAGUCGAUCUGGAAUGUGGUCAGUCAGUGGGUUCAUCUGGUUCUCAGGAGCGUUCCCUGGACUCAGACUCUGAUGGAGACGAUCUGGAGACAGCAGGUAAACGACGCCCCCCUCUGGUGAGACAGGAGAGCGAGACCAGCACAGAAGAAGACCAGAUAAGUCCAAGAGAGAGUCUGGACCUGAGCGGACUCGUUCCAGAGACCAUCCCAGAACAGGCCGACGGUACAGAAGACUGCACAGAGCAGACCUCAGAUCAGUGACGGGAGGGAUGAGGAAUUUAAAGGGGUCCAAAUGCACGCCAAUAUUAAACUGCCAAAAGGGCUUUUUUAUAUAUAAAUGUCAAUUAGCAAAUAUCAGAAGAGGUAUUCGGCACUGACAGGGUGACAUCAUUUCCUCACCCUCAUGUUAUUCCAAACCUGUACGACUCUCUAUGGGACAAAAGGACACUUUACUGAACAAAGAAAGUCACACGGGGUUGGAACGACACGAGGGUUAGUAAAUGAUUCCGUUCUAGUUUUCAAGCUUUAUUUUACUGUGUGUGUUAAAGUGUUUCUUUUAGACGGUGUGAAGAAACCGCAUGAAGGAUAUCUGUCAGUGUGGAUGUUUAUUAUAUUGUACUGUGGGGGAAUAUAUAUAAUAAAGAUCUCCAUAUAGCCGAUGACGGAGGUUAUUUACUACUUUUUAUAUUAUUGACUGUGCACCAGCAACUCAGAUCAUCAAAUUUGGCAAAGAAAAUGAUCUACAGAAUAAAGUUAAGAUGAGUGUAUUUAUAUAUAUAUAUUAAAAUACAUUUGAUAAAAUCUCCUAUAUAUGUUUUUGACUCAUUAAUGUUGAGAUUGUGUCUUUCAGGUACUGAAAUAUUUAUUAUAGUUUCGCUCAUAAAUUGAGCCUCCGACUAACCGACUGAUAAUUUGAUUUACGCCGUAUUGAAUAAUUCUGUGGCUGAAGUCAAAAGCAUAUUGUAAAUUCUGAAACUGUGUAUGUAAAUAUUUCUGGAAAACAAAACCAAAAUGUGUC